AUAACCACAUUGCACUUUUCAUCCAUUUCUGCGAAAUCACUGUUUUGUUGUCUAUAUUUUUUUUUCCCUGACAUGGGUGAAGCUCCAGAGGUGUUCUACAUUAAUGGGUUCUCAAAGUUUGAACAUGAAAUUGAAACCCAACAAAACCAUCAUGUGAAUGAUCAGAACCAUGAUUCUUCUUGGUACGAGGAAAUCAUCGAUGAGGAUCUAAAAUGGUCUUUUAAACUCAACAGUGUGCUCCAUAAAGCCAUUAGCGAGUACCAGGACAUAGCUCUCUUAGAUACAAAGCGUUUUGGAAAGGCCUUGGUGCUUGAUGGAAAGAUGCAGAGUGCUGAAACGGACGAAUUUAUUUAUCAUGAAUGCUUGAUUCAUCCACCUCUUUUAUGCCAUCCUAAUCCCAAGACUGUGUUUAUAAUGGGGGGAGGUGAAGGUUCUGCUGCUAGGGAAGCCCUUAAGCACAGGUCAAUGGUCAGAGUGGUCAUGUGCGAUAUAGACAAGGAGGUGGUAGAUUUCUGCCGAAAAUACUUGAUUGCAAAUAAGGAGGCGUUUUCUCAUAAGAAGCUCGACCUUGUCAUUAAUGAUGCCAAGGCUGAAUUGGAGAAAAGAAAGGAGAAGUUUGAUAUCAUCGUUGGAGAUUUGGCAGACCCACUUGAAGAUGGGCCUUGCUAUCAACUCUACACCAAAUCCUUCUACGAGAAGAUCCUGAAGCCCAAGCUCAAUGAUAAUGGCAUUUUUGUGACCCAGGCUGGACCAGCAGGUAUCUUCACACACAAGGAGGUCUUCACUUCUAUAUAUAACACAGUCAAACAGGUUUUCAAAUAUGUGAUUGCAUACACGACUCAUGUACCAUCAUUUGCUGACACAUGGGGUUGGGUUAUGGCUUCGGACCAACCACUAUCGAUUUGCGCUGAUGAAAUGGACAGAAGAAUCGAAGCAAGAAUAGAUGGGGAACUUCUCUAUCUAAAUGGUGCUUGGUUCCAUUCAUCUACAACUAUGAACAAAACUGUUUACCAAUCGCUGCAAAAUGAAACUCACGUGUACACAGAAGAAAAUGCUAGAUUUAUUCCUGGACAUGGCAUGGCUUUUCAUCUCUAAGAUUUCAAGCCAUUGAUGGAGAGAAACCGUUCCAACCUCAAGUUCAUUAAAUUGUUAGGCUUAUUACAUUUAAGAAAUUAUUCGCUUUGACUCUCAUGAGUCUUCACAAUUUUGUUUUUCAUAAAUGCCUUAAUAGGUUAAGGAAAUAAAAUAUUUAUAAACUAUCUCUAGUCUCUCAGACUCAUUAAUAAUGCGAGACUUUUCUUUUUUAUGUAUUGGAAGAGUAGCCCUCCUUCUAGUGUCAAAAUUCCAUCAAUCUGAACCGAGAGCUAUUGUUCCAAUACAUUAAAAAUCCUACAUUUCUUAGCAAACAAUUCCAAUGAUAGUUUAUAAAUAUUUUUCUCCCUCAAGAUAUGAAGACAUCUUUUAAGAUCAAAGGACAAUACUUCAAAUGUGGCGAGCUUAACAAUAUAAUAGACUUGAAAUCGGAAACAAAAACUCUUGCAUUCUGACCUUCACCUCAAAUUAUUGGAUCGUACAGUCCAAAUUUAACUUCAAAGUUAAUCAUGAGAGAGCACAUUCAAUUCUUGUAAUCUAUGCAUAUUAUCAUGCAUGUUUUCAUUUGUAAAAUGGUGUUAGAGUAUGUGGGGAUUUGCUGUAUAGAAUACAAAGAUAUUGGAAGGACUAGUCAUUCUAAACAAUAAGAACAAUAACAUCAAUUAAACAAUUAAA